GACAACAUCUGGGACGACCCGAGCCUUGAUCUGGACUCUGACCUGCCGUCAGGGUGGCGCACCAUCCGGGACAGCACCGGCACCUACUACUGGCACGUGGCCACUGGCACCACCCAAUGGCAGCACCCGUCCUACAGCGCCGAGGAGGACCAGAACUCCAUCAAUGGCAUCGCUGCCACGGACAUCAAGGUUAGGGCUUCAACGUCUAAAUGAAGUUCAGUCUCACUGUUUGACUAUGGCUGCUUUAUACUGAAUGUGGUUCCAUCAGACAGGAAGGAUCACACCUCUAAUAAUGACCCAUGUCCUCUUUUCCAGAGCCUGGAGGCUGGGGGCAGACGUGGAUCAAGGGCAAGGCUGACAGAGAGUCCAGUGGCCUCCAUAAAUGACAGGUACCCAAACCAACACUCAUUCACCUGUGCAAGCACUGUAGCCUUGUUACUGGCUUAGGCUCUCCAUGGUGGAGUAAUGAGUACUUUUCAGUUGUGUGAUGAAGGUUAUUCUACAAGGUGAAUGGGUUGAUGAGGUACAUUUCUAUCACCUGCAGAUCAGCAUGCUCAGGGAGCUCUUUGAAAUAAACUACAUUGAUUGAUGAUGUAAUCAAACGAGAGGGAUAGUGUGUUUGAUGUAUUCUCUCUCUCUCUCUUUUAAUCUGUUCGAUGGCUCGAUGGCUCAUGAUGGCUUCACUUGCCUGGGAAUGUGGCAGACCACAUAUCCCUAUGCCUCCCUAUGCCUCCUGGAAUACUACCCAUUAUCCCAUUCUCUGUGUUCUGAUCAGAAGCCUGCCAUAUUUGUCCCCGGGCUGAUAACGUCAGGAAUAGAUAAGUCCUCUGGGCUGAUGGGACAUCCAUUUAGGCCCUAGUUCUGCACCACACUACGUCAUAUCAUUAUUACAGUUCAGCCAUUGUACCAUGAUCUGAAUACAUACAAGUGAAUAGGGAAAAUACUGUUCGAUGUAGUGCCUGAGGAUGAGUCUUAACCAUCUGUGGCACAAACCAGUGUUCUUAGGUUUCUUUAGCAUAGAUGGGUUGGCUGACAAGAUCACGGAAAUGAUGCAUACGCAUUGAUUUGUGGCCGGAAGCCUUGCUUUGUUACGAUUCUGAACGGUCAUAUCGCUAGCAACAACGAAAGGAGCUGCCUUGUGGGGAAUCGUAGGUGGCUCGUUUCAGCUCGUAUAUUUUUAUUGAUACCAUGUCUUGUUUUGAGGUGUUUUGACUGAUGUCAUGUCUACGCUAAUAUGGCCAAAAAAUUGCUAGCUAGCUGUAACGAUGUAUUUGAGAGACAACAAGUGCUCAUAGUGCAAAUGUAUUUAUGUUUUCAAUAAACAUUGGCAACAAUCUAAGCCAACCCCGUCUGUUUUGCCCCAUAGUUGCGCACGCGUCGGUUUUGUUGCGAAACAACCAACACGCCUAUACAGCAAGGUCAAAUGCAUCUUAGAUCACCUUGAUGGUUGUUCGUAGGUUCUUUAAUAUUAUAUAUGGCUACCUUGCCUUUUACCAUUUAAGGGUAAAAGCACUUAAUAAUUCAGUUAUCUGGAGUUAAUUUAUUGUAGCAUCCCCUUGAGGGUCCCUGUGUCCUGUGUGACGUUUAGAGGUUAUUGAGCCCACCAAUAAACACAGUUUCUGCUGCAGUGGUUAUGUGUUGACACACGGGAGCUUAACGUUCUGUAUGGACAGAGAUUGUGGAGAAUAGUGAAACUCAGCUCACUGAGCGUAGCAUGAAGAAAUGCAUAGGUCUUAUAAUGGACACAAUCCUAUCCUACUCUGCUUCACCAAAGAGUGUAAUGGAAAGGGAGGGAGAGUCUUGGGCCCCUGGUUGCACGAAUAGCAGCCCCUUGUGAUCGUCUCCAGUCAGCUGUAUCAGGGAGGCUAAUGACUAACAACUCCACCUCUGAGUCAGCCAGCGUGAGGUGAUCAGAACAGCUCUCUGUUUAUUUCUGAUCAUCCAUGACCCACACAACAGCUGUUUCCCCAUCAAUGGCAGACACGCAGGCAGCAUUUACUUUCAAAGUCAAACACAAACAAACAGAUAAACAAAGAACUAGAUUAUAACAUCGUAUAAUACACCAUACCAAACAGAUAAACAAAGAACUAGAUUAUAACAUCGUAUAAUACACCAUACCAAACAGCGUCAUACAGGGCGGCAGGGAGGGAUGCAGAAAACGCUACAGCGUAAUUUGUGCUGUCGUCGUGGUAAUCCUUCAUGUCAUUUGACUGUUCUGCUAAUAUCCCACAGGGUCUCCUGGCAGGACGAUUAUUUCUGCACCAACAUGGAUCCUGACUCCAAGGUAGAGUGGGCUUUGAUGUUGUCCAAUUCAUAGAAAUACAGUAGAAUCCUUAGAACGGGUCUUCCCAUUUGACAAGCCUGUUAGAAUCCUUAGAACGGGCCUUCCCAUUUGACAAGCCUGUUAGAAUCCUUAGAACGGGUCUUCCCAUUUGAGACAAGCCUGUUCUAUAGAUUAUAUUUCUAUGGUUCAAAUCCCUCUUCUUAUGCACACACCAAAACAGCAUGUUCUGACCAAUAACAUCCAUACCCAAUACCAAUUAUUUGGGGUGUAAACACUUUUACGGUCCCCCAGAGAAUACUAAUGUAUUUUAGCUGAUUUUUAACUCUAACACUAUUUUCUGUAAUUUAUUAUUUGAGGGUUAAAAGGGACCACAUUUAUAAUGUUAGCGUUGAUCAAUAUUUGUUGUUUUUUGUCCAGGCUAGGCAGCUCUUAAAGGAAUUCAUAUACCAUGUCCACUAAAAAGAUUUGAGAGUCAUCUCUUAAGUCAGGGAGGAGCAGUAUUGAUGGACUGUAGAUAAAUGUAUUAUAUGGAUGCAUCAUGUUGAUAUACUGUAGAUACUGAAAGCACUUAACCCUUUAUACUCUGUACAUUAUUAUCUAGUCUGAAUCUAGUCUCAGUUUAUUCCCUUCUUUCUGUCUCCUUCCCACCUCUACCAUCCACUCCUCUCCCUCCUGGGCCUGUUGGUGUGGUGUGGUGUGGUUCUGUUGGUGUGGUGUGGUUCUGUUGGUGUGGUGUGGUUCUGUUGGUGUGGUGUGGUUCUGUUGGUGUGGUGUGGUUCUGUUGGUAUGGUGUGUCUGUGUUGAUAUGGUGUGGUGUGGUUGUGUUGGCAUGGUGUGGUUGUGUUGGCAUGGUAUGGUGUGGUUCUGUUGGUAUGGUGUGGUGUGGUUGUGUUGGCAUGGUGUGGUGUGGUUGUGUUGGUGUGGUGUGGUUCUGUUGGUAUGGUGUGUCUGUGUUGAUAUGGUGUGGUGUGGUUGUGUUGGCAUGGUGUGUUUGUGUUGGCAUGGUGUGGUUGUGUUGGCAUGGUAUGGUGUGGUUCUGUUGGUAUGGUGUGGUGUGGUUCUGUUGGUAUGGUGUGGUGUGGUUGUGUUGGCAUGGUGUGGUGUGGUUCUGUUGGUAUGGUGUGGUGUGGUUGUGUUGGCAUGGUGUGGUGUGGUUGUGUUGGUGUGGUGUGGUUCUGUUGGUAUGGUGUGUCUGUGUUGAUAUGGUGUGGUGUGGUUGUGUUGGCAUGGUGUGUUUGUGUUGGCAUGGUGUGGUUAUGUUGGCGUGGUGUGGUUAUGUUGGCAUGGUGUGGUGUGGUGUGGUUGUGUUGGCGUGGUUGUGUUUGCAUGGUGUGGUGUGGUUGUGUUGGCGUGGUUGUGUUGGCAUGGUGUGGUGUGAUUGUGUUGGCAUGGUGUGGUGUGGUUGUGUUGGCAUGGUGUGGUGUGGCUGUGUUGGCAUGGUGUGGUUGUGUUGGCUUGGUGUGGUUGUGUUGGCUUGGCAUGGUGUGGUUCUGUUGGUAUGGUGUGGUGGGGUUGUGUUGGCAUGGUGUGGUUGUGUUGGCAUGGUGUGGUUGUGUUGCCUUGGCAUGGUGUGGUUGUGUUGGCAUGGUAUGGUGUGGUUCUGUUGGAAUGGUGUGGUGUGGUUGUUGGGUGUUGUGUGGGUUGUGGUUGUGUGUGUGUGCUGGUGUGUGGUUGUGUUGGCAUGGUUGUGGUUGGCUAUGUGGUUGUUGGUAGGUGUGUGGAUGUUGGCAUGGUGUGGUGUGUUGGUGUUUGGGGCAUGGACAUGGGGGUGUGGAUUUGUUGGGUUUGUGUGUGGUGGGGUUUUGUUGGCAUUGUGUGGGUUGUGUUGUGUGUGGUUGUGUUGGCUUGGUUUGUCGGUCCUCUGGCUGGGUGGUAGAUUUUCAGGUGAGCUGACCCGUGGAAGCAUCUGGCUGUAUUGUCCAGCGUGUCUGCAUGAAGAUAGGGUGUGCCUGGUGCGCAUGGUGGGGUGUGGCUGGUUGGCAUGCUGGGCGCUGGGGGGUGAAGGUUGCGGAUGGACACCUGGCGCCCGGGAGAGUGAGAUCAGAGGAGGACACUGACCCGGGGGGAAAGAGCAGCUGGCGCUGUCAAUAAAGUGACAUGACCACAGCGUCCUGCAGCAAGGCAGAGGGCCACGAUGACACACUGGGCGCCUGGGGAGAGGUGAGAGAGGAGACGAUGACACACUGGGCGCCUGGGGAGAGGUGAGAGAGGAGACGAUGACACACUGGGCGCCUGGGGAGAGGUGAGAGAGGAGACGAUGACACACUGGGCGCCUGGGGAGAGGUGAGAGAGGAGACGAUGACACACUGGGCGCCUGGGGAGAGGUGAGAGAGGAGACGAUGACACACUGGGCGCCUGGGGAGAGGUGAGAGAGGAGACGAUGACACACUGGGCGCCUGGGGAGAGGUGAGAGGGAGACGAUGACAAACUGGGCUGGGUGGGGAGAGGUGAUGAGAGGAGACGAUGACACAUGGGCGCCUGGGGGAGGUGAGAGAGAAGAUGACACACUGGGCCUGGGGAGGGUGAGAGAGGAGACGAUGACACACUGGGCCUGGGGAGAGGUGAGAGAGGAGACGAUGACACACUGGGCCUGGGGAGAGGUGAGAGAGAGACGAUGAACACUGGGGCUGGGGAGAGGUGAGUAGAGGAGACGAUGAACACUGGGCGCUGGGGAGUGUGAGAGAGGAGACGAUGACACACUGGCGCCUGGGGAGAGUGAGAGAGACGAUGACACUGGGCGCCUGGGGAGGUGAGAGAGGAGACGAGACACUGGGCGCUGGGGAGGUGGAGAGAGUACGAUGACAACUGGGCGCUGGGAGGUGAGAGAGGACGAUACACAUGGGCGCUGGGGAGAGGUGUAGAGGAGACGAACACACUGGGCGCCUGGGGAGAGGUGAGAGAGAGACGAUGACACACUGGGCGCUGGGGAGGUGAGAGAGAACGAUGACACACUGGGCCCUGGGGAGGGUGAGAGAGACGAUGACACACUGGGCGCCUGGGGAGGUGAGAGAGGAAGUGACACACUGGGGCUGGGGAGAGUGAGAGAGAAAGAUACCACUGGGGCCUGGGAGAGGUGAGAGAGGACGUGACACACUGGGCGCCUGGGGAGGGUGAGAGAGGAGACGUACACACUGGGCGCUGGGGAGAGGUGAGAGAGAGACAUGCACACUGGGCGCCUGGGGAAGGUGAGAGGUAGACAUCACACGGGCGCCUGGGAGAGGUGAGAGAGGAACGAUGACACACUGGCGCCUGGGGAGAGUGAGGAUGAGCGAUACACCUGGGGCCUGGGGAGAGGUGAAGAGGAGACGUGACACACUGGGCGCCUGGGGAGAGUGAGAGAGGAGACGAUGACACAGCCUCCCUGGAUUAGUUAGAGAGGGACGAUGACACUGGCGCCUGGGGACGGUGAGUAGGAUGACGAUGACACACUGGGCGCCUGGGGAGAGGUGAGAGAGGAGACGAUGACACACGGGGCCUGGGGAGGUGAGAAGGAGGGCGAGACACACUGGGCGCUGGGGAGAGGUGAGAGAGGAGACGGAUGACACACUGUGGGCCUGGGGAGAGAGUGAAGAGGAGACGAUGACACACUGGGCGCCUGGGGGAGGGGGGGAGAGGGAGGGAGAAACUGGGUGGGGGGGAGAAGGUGAGGGAUUGAGAGAGUAAUGGUGGGGGGAGAGUAAUGUGGGGGGUAGAGAGUAAUUGGGGGGUGAGAGUAAAGGUGGGGGGAUUGAAGAGUAAUGGUGGGGGGGGGGAGGUGAGAGAGAGAGGGGGGAUGAGCAGUAAUGGUGGGGGGUUGAGAGUAAUGGUGGGGGGAUGAGAGAGUACUGGGGGGGGGUUGAGAGUCAUGGUGGGGGGUGAGAGAGAAUGGUGGGGGAUUGAGAGAGUAACGGUGGGGGGGCUUGAGAGACUGGGUGGGGGGGGUGAGAAUGGUGGGGGGUUGAGAGAGUAAUGGUGGGGGGGUUGAGAGAGUAAUGGUGGGGGGGGUUGAGAGAGUAAUGGUGGGGGGGGUGAGAGAGUAAUGGUGGGGGGUGUAGAGAGUAAUGGUGGGGGGUGAGAGAGUAAUGGUGGGGGGGAUGAGAGAGUAAUGGUGGGGGGAUUGAGAGAGUAAUGGUGGGGGGCUGAGGAGUGGUGGGGGGGGUGAGAGAGAUGAGAGUAAUGGUGGGGGGUGGGAGAGGUAAUGGUGGGGGGGGGAGAGGUAAUGGUGGGGGUUGAGCGAGUAAUGGUGGGGGGUUGAGCGAGUAAUGGGGGGGGUGAGAUGUGGGUUGAGGGAGGUGGGGGCGGGGUGGUUGAGGAGUAAUGGUGGGGGUUGAUGAGGAGAAUGGUGGGGGUGAGAGAGUAAUGGUUGGGGGUGAGAGAGUAAUGGUGGGGGGUUAAGAGAGUAAUGUCCUCCCUGUCCUCUCUGUCCUCUCUCCCUGUCCUCUCCCAGGGCCAGGACAUGAUGAUGGUUCUGAAGAAGGAUACCCUCAGCCUGAUGGACCCAGUGGACCGCAGCCUUCUCCAUUGCCAGCCUAUCAUUAACAUCCGCGUGUGGGGCGUGGGCUGCAACAACGGCAGGUGGGCCAACCUGGGGAACGUAUGGGCAAAUACUCCCCAGUCCUCUCUCCUUCUCUUUUUGUUAUGGUCAGUGUUGGUACCUGUAGUUACAUGUUGAAAUACGGUAUAAUAUGGUGAACUGACCAACUAAGCACAAUGCUCUUGGGUUGUUACGUCAGGGAAGACUGUGUUUAAAGUUUUUGUUAUUGUUUAUACUUGAUGACAUGGAAAUAUUACAUUGAGUGAAGAAAGUAACUUAUUUAUAAAUUGAGUUUUUAUGUGGGCUAUACAGCCCUGGGUAAGGUUAGUUAUUCAGGGUAGCAGACAUUUUAGACCUAUUGUAAUACACUGGGAGUUGAGUGGAUCUGAGGGCAGUUAUAUUUGGCAAUGUUCUUGCUGGAGAAAAUUCAGGCAUUGACCUGUUGGCAGUAGAAUAGAAUAGCCCUGAGGAAGAAACGUGACAAGGUUCGAGAAUAAGAAGGACUGAAACUACAGAAAAUAAGUCAGUAUAGCGGUACACCAUUUUUACUGACAGUAGGCUAUGUUAUAUGAUGAUCAUAGUUAUGAAGCAAUCCAACCGUUUUGUCUCAUAGUUAAGGUAGUUGUAAUAAUUAACUUUCUUUCUUUUUUAAAUGCCACUCAUGAAAACAGAAACAGGUAAUCACUCUUUUCUUGGUCAACUCAUUUUCUGUUGACAUGUCAUGUGUGACUUUACCAGCUUGCAUCAGGGUCUCAAUAAAAAAGCUCAGUGUUCCGGUAGGUUCUGUGUAGGUUCUGUAGUCAAACGGUAUAUUGUUGCCUCAUCAAUAAUGUAACAUGCUUCUGCCGACACAUAAUGUCCCUGUGAAUGUCUACGCUGUUUCUCAUGCAUGUUCAAAGAAACCCCUGUCCAUUUCUUUCUCGAUUUCUAUCGAACGUUAUUUUCUUAUGCAGUGUGUGUACCAAGCAGUUCUGUCCUUGUCUCACAACAAAUGCCCACCCAGCCUUAUCCCAGACUGUUGACUUGCCUUAUUCCCAAAUGAAUACUGCUGAUGAUUGAUCUAUAAAGUGAGAAUCAUAAUGGACUCUCUUCCUGAGGAAAAUGUUGCUCAAACUGCAGCAUUAAUUAGAAGCCAUAGUGAUUGCAUUCCUCUGAGAGCUGAGUGGAGGACGCAUCAAUGUGUAAAUUAAUGUAACAAGCUUUUCUACAACAGUUGGAUGGGCCUUUGUGAAGAUAAAUGGACAAGGAGAGCUUGCUGGGUCAUGUCCAAGUCUCUUUCCUUUCUGCUGUGCCAACCAGGGUCGAACUGCAAGGUCGCAUCUGCCACUGUGACAAAUACGCUCCAUUUACACCUGGCUUUUACUGUAUUACACCCGAACAAAAUACAUGGAUUACCUGUCAUAAAACAGCUCCCGUUCCACUGUGGAUGGAAUACAGAAUAUUGUACACACACACACACACACACACACACACACACACACACACACCCUACUGUUUGUGGGCCCACCGCUGAUGCCAAAGAGAAGCUCAUCUGUUAUUCCCUCUGACUCUAGUGUUUUCCCUCAAUAUUUGAGUUCCUUUCCCAGGCAUCAGCACAUUCUGGUGCGCCAGAGCUGUGGCCUACACAACAGCACUGUUGCUCCUGAUUGUUUUAAGUGGGGAAACCCACUGAGGAUGUCACGGAGACAAUAGAGAAAAUUACACCUCUAAAUGCAACACUCACCAAGCCAUUUCCCAAAUAGCAACUGCACAUUGGACACAGAACAGUUCUUCAUUAACUAACUAUUUGUCCGAAAGUUUACAGUACAAUGUCAGUUGGGUACUUUUGCUCUGAUAUGUGAUUACAGAUCAUGACUCUUUAGUCCCUUUCUGAUACGAGAACUUGGUGACAGAGCAAUACAUUCCCUGUCCCUGUUGCUUAACGUGCUGAGAACAAUGUCUGUCCACAUGGAUCAUUGGUAUUUAUAGACCUCUGACAUCUGACACGGCCUGGCCCUAUCAGCUCCUGAGGGACGCUGUCCGAGGUCACAUCCUCCCAUCUCUUCUGCAAUACGAGCCAGAGUAACUGAUAGUAUCAAUGUUAAAAUUGUUUGUGCUGUCUGUCUUCAGUGCUCAGUUGCUUAGUAGUCGUUGGAUGAUUGUGCACUUGAUCAAACGAACUGAUGAUCCUGGCUGGUGCACCAUUAGCUUUAGUUCAGUGGGCUAACGCAGUCAUGUUGGAGUAGUGCAGAAUAUGUGUCACAUGUAUUCAAUAUGGCUUUGAAUUCCUUCCCAUUCUCAGUCAUACUAAUGUAAUUAUAUUGUUAUACAUACAGUACCAGAUCACCAGGUGAAACAGGAAGUCAACUAACCUCUCCACAAUCCAGACAUAUAGAUAAGUGCAUGUACUCUGUGCUAAUCUUUGCUGUUAUGUUCCGUUCCUUUCCAGAGACUUUGCCUUCGUUGCCAGUGACAAAGACACCUGUAUGCUGAAGUGCCAUGUGUUUCGCUGUAACGCCCCAGCAAAAACCAUCGCCACGGCUUUGCAUGAAAUGUGCUCAAAGGUAACCACAAACUCAAGCAUAGGAAGUGGUUUAACACCCCUUUAGCCCACCAUAGUAGUUUAGGUUCAUUCUAGAGUGAGCCAGUGUGAAUGCUGUGUCUGUGUGUGUGUCCAGAUCAUGGCAGAGAAGACCACUAGAAGCCCAUUUAUGGCCCGCUCCCUCACCAUGGAGAGCAUCUCCCCUGAGGACCUGCCACGCCAAGGUACAGUAGCCCACAGAGCCCUUCAGUUACAGUCUGUAGGGGUUUUAUAAACUCCAUAAUAUGGUCAAUCAUAUGACUAACUGAUUUUUAUUUUUUGCUGCAGUGGACUUCCUGGAUGCAAUGAGGCAGAGGGUGCAGAAGUUUGAGGUGCAGUACAUUGGAAACCUGCCCGUCUCCAGGGCGAUGGGUACUGUAUUCUAAUCUCAUCUAUUAUUAAACUGGCAAAAUACCAUCAAACUUUUCAUCUAUUGAUUUAUUAAACUAGAUGAAAGAAGAGAGCCAAUCUUCCCGUUCCUAUAACAACCUUGAGAGUUAACAGGAGAACUCAGGAUCUGUAAUAUCUCAUCAACAGAUAUAGAGGAUUAGACAGCAGCAAGGACUCUCAGGCGUGUUUGAAAUUGGGUCUGGAUAAUUAAGAGACAGAGAACAUCGUCUCAUUAUUAUCAGCAAAUACGCCGAGUUACGUUGUGAUUGUGAAGCUAGCUGCUAGCGCCGGCUAGCUAGCGCUCAGGGUCACUGUGUCAGUUGGCAGUCCCUAGGCGAGGCGCAGUCGCUGUAACACAGCACUCUGUCAGAAAAUAGAGUAUUCAUUACAGGCUCCAAAACGGUAGCAUCCAUCAAGGUGCCCUGCCUGCCUGCUGUUAGCUGGACCAGCUGACUGACCGACAUAGAGCCGGUCCCAGAUGGGGUAUUAUGGUCCACUGAGGUGUUCUUAGUGAUGAUGACAAGCCAUUUGUCCUCAUUUGAGAUCACACACAUGAGCUGAUGAGCCCAUAGAUUAACGAUCACUGGAAGUUAGACAAGGAAAUCAGUUUGGUACAACGGAAAAGUCCUUGACACUCUGAGCAUGUUCUCUCACAACAGAAAAGAGCAGAGAAUACCACUAGAAGCCUGUCAUGGCCCGCCAUAGUUUCCCUCGCUUUUGGAGGUCACUGUGGCUGUGUUGUUGCUGAAGCAGCUGUAUUAAGGUCCACUAUGUGGGAUCCUCUGGCAGGUAUGGAGGUGCUGAACCGGGCCAUAGAGAGCAUCAUGAACACCUCAGACAGUGACGAUUGGGAGCCCAUCGUCAUCCACAUCUCUGACACUGUCCUGUCACUCUGGAAAGGAGAGGUGAGGAGGAGAAGAACUCAGGAAACCUGUAAACACCAGUGGUCAGACCAAUCAAUGAGAUUACAACGUUUCUCUGGCUACCUGUUUCUCUCUCUCUCUUUCACUUUUUCUUUUAGACUUUUGUCUCUCUCUCUCUCUCUCUCUCUCUCUCUCUCUCUCUCUCUCUCUCUCUCUCUCUCUCUCUCUCUCUCUCUCUCUCUCUCUCUCUCUCUCUCUCUCUCUCUCUCUUUCUUUCUUUCUUUCUUACUUUCUUUCUUUCUCUACCUCUAUGAUUUCUCUUUCAGGAUGGAGAUGAUCCAUUUUGGGAAUGUCAAGUGCGUUUGCUGACCUUUCUGGGUGUGGGCCAUGAUACACACACCUUUGCAGUGAUAGUGGACGGCGGAACUCAGCGGUUUGAGUGUCAUGUUUUCUGGUGUGAGCCAGACGCAGGGAUCAUCUCUGAGGCUGUGCAGGCUGCGUGCAUGGUGAGUGACUUAGUUAGGGGUCACCCUGAAGGAUGAAACACAAUGAUGGAGAACUAACGUGCAAAAUGGCUUCUGUAGACACAGAGGUGAAGCUGGCAUGAUAAAUACUUGAAUUUAUACAUGCUAUCAUGGCUGAAUGAUUAAUAUUUUAAAGGGAAUUGGCAGAGAAUGGUAGAGAAUGUCAUGGAGUCAUGACUCAUUUACGGGAUCUUUCUAACAUGAAAAGGGAAAUUAUGGUCACUGCUUAACAUGGCUCCAUUGUGCCCCCUGCAGGUCCAGUACCAGAAGUGCUUGGUGGCCCAGACUCCACCACCCAGGUCCAAAAUGUGGCGGGCGGGUUCCAAGGUGAAGCGCGCCAACUCCAUGGAUGGCUUCACUUUCCCAGCUCCCCGUCACCAAGGACUGUCCCCGCCCAAGGCUGGCUCCUCCACCACCAAAAAGGGCAUGCUGGCGUUUUUUGAGACUUUCAGAAAUAAACAGUCAGCAGUUUCCACACCAUAACAACCAGAGAGGGAGGGAGGGAGGGAGGGAGGGAGGGAGGGAGGGAGGGAGGGAGGGAGGGAGGGAGGGAGAGAGGGAGGGAGGGAGUGAGGGAGUGAGGGAGGGCACAUCAGAUUUAGGGGACGAAUAG